GGAAGAAAAACCAAAGAAGAAAUUGGAAGCUAGGCAACAACAAGAGCAUGAAAUGAAUGGCACUUCUGAAACAGUUGACAAAAGUCCUGAAAAAACUUCUUCCUCUGUCUCCAUUCCAGGUUCAUCAACAGAUACUCUGAACAAAAAGCCAUGGGAUUCUGUACUGGAUGUAACACAGUGCAUAAAAAAUCUUCAACUCCCCACCCCUCCUCAGUUCCAGUUCUGGAAAACCCAACCAGUGCCUUCUAUUAAUGAGCGUAUACAAGAAGGAGUUAAUGAACCUAUUGAGAGUGACAAAGACCAGAGUGAGAUCAGAGCUGAACCCUACAACUUACCAUCUGGCUUCCAUUGGCAGACCUUAGAUCUACAGGAUAAAGAUAUGCUGCAAGACUUGUACGUCCUGCUCAACGAGAACUAUGUCGAGGAUGAUGAUAACAUGUUCAGAUUUGACUACAGUCCAGAAUUCUUGCGGUGGGCGCUGAUGCCACCAGGCUGGCGUCAGGCGUGGCAUGUGGGCGUCAGGGUCACCAAGACUGGCAAGCUCAUGGGCUUCAUCAGCGCCGUGCCUGCCACCAUCAGGGUCUAUCAAAAGGUACAGAAGAUGGUCGAAAUCAACUUCCUGUGCGUGCAUAAGAAGCUGCGGUCCAAGCGCCUGGCGCCUGUGCUAAUCAAGGAGAUUACCAGGAGAGUCAACCUCGUGGGAAUUUUCCAGGCGGUGUACACGGCUGGAGUUUUGCUGCCUCAGCCGGUGUCCUCGUGCCGCUACUGGCACCGCAACCUCAACCCUAAGAAGCUGAUCGAGGUGAAGUUCUCGCACCUCCGCCAUAACAUGACGAUGCAGCGCACCCUGAAGCUCUACAAGCUCCCUGACCAGCCCCUCACGCCGGGGUAUAGGAGAGUUACUAAGAAGGACUUGCCGCGCUGUAAGACAUUACUUGAGGAUUACCUCAAACAGUUCCAGCUGUCGCCGCUCUUCAACGAAGAGGAAUUUAAUCACUGGUUUUUGCCCAAGGAUGACAUCGUGGACAGCUAUCUUGUCGAGAGAGGAGGCACCAUCACCGAUUUUGUGAGCUUCUACACGCUGCCGUCGACGGUGAUGCACCACCCCGUCCACCAGUCCGUCAGGGCCGCCUAUUCAUUCUACAACGUCUCCACGGAAACGCCGUGGACAGCCCUUAUGCAGGAUGCUCUCAUCUCUGCCAAAAAUACAAAGUUUGAUGUGUUCAACGCACUUGACCUGAUGGAGAACAAAGUUUUCCUGGAGAAGCUGAAGUUUGGUCAGGGCGACGGCAACCUGCAGUAUUACAUGUACAACUGGCGCUGCUCUCCCAUGCCCUCUGAAAAGGUCGGCCUCGUGCUGCAGUAGACGCUCGGCCCUCCAUAGAGACGUGCACCUCACCGACGCUGGGCGAGCCAUCCCCACCCACCAAGCAAACGUCCUAAACUGCAAUUCUUCUUGAUCUAAUUAGAGUAAUCGAAUGUAUGUCGUCCGCAUUCAACGUGUGCACCACAUGGGCAACGUUCCCUCAACUCGGCAUCACGCAAUUAAUUUUAUUCUGAAGCCCAGAUUGCAGGGUAAGUCUACCCUUGUCAGCGGCUGCUACCUCCUGGGUGUGGAUGUGACUCCGGUCUCGGGAGCUCACGAAGCUCGCCAAACUAUCAAGUCUUCAGCAAGGAUAUUUUCCCAACCACCGCUGCUAAGCCCAGCCUUCGGGAAAAUGACGUUAAAAUAACAUCUUAACAAAAUUAUUUCGUGAAAACAACGUUAAACCAACAUUAAUUUAACGUCAGACGAUUGUUGGCCAGACUCCUUGCUCGAGUACUUCAGUUUUAAUGCAAAGGAAAUAGACUCGUAUCUUGGGUGUCUUCUAUUAAUUCAAAGUCCUGGAAGAUUUGGACCUCUCAUGUAAAUGAACUUUGUUGUUUACAUUGGGGAGACCAAAACGUCUGUGGGAUUUAAAUAAAUUAUUCUUAGUCCCACUCUCACAUUUAAAUCUUGCCCUUUAAUUCAGAAUUUUAAUACAUGUUGCCUGUAAGGGUUGCUCUUGCUGCUGUAUCGCGUUCAUUCAGUGAGGUCCGAUCCCUUUAUUCCUACUGAUGUUGACACGACCUACUGAAUCUUUUACCGCUGCUGUUAUCUUAGUAUAAUUAUUAAUGUAUUUUCACCUCGCUUCCUGAACGAAAUGCUCGUGGUCUUCUGGUGCAAAGUUUCCUGUAGCUUGCCGAAUGAAUAUUAAGACGCUAUGGUCAGUGCAGAGGAUUUUUUGAAUGACGCUCCAUCAAUAAUCUAAUUAUACUCCGGAAUGAAAUUUAUACUCAUCAUGUAUCCUACAAAUAAAAUUGUGUGAAAUCUCGGUAAUUAUAACUUGAAUAAUUACUUCUCUUCUUAACACCGCAUACUUGAGUUGGGACUGCUGUCACUCAUUGGCCCUGGCUUCUGGUCCAGCGAGACUUCACUCGUACUAUCGACUUCUUGCUAACUAGUUAUAAUUAUAUCGUAGUACGAAUAAUAGUUUGAUAUCUGAAGUAUUUAUCAGUAUCAGAAGCCUGACAUACUUGGCGCAUGCUGGCAUUCGUCCGAGAAUGGAAUCGCGUUCAGGUCGUGCUCGAGAGGCGAGCGUAAAUCUGUGGCACAGUUUUUAUAAUGGAUAUGGCUUGAAAUUAAUACGAUCAUAAAUCUGAGUAGCAUUUGAUUCUGUGUAAGGUUUAACAGAUGUUUAAUAUCUACCGCCAUUCCUACCAUAGACGAAGAUCGCGAAACGGAUUGAUCAGAGGGCCACUCCUCUUCUAACAUGACUUUUUUUUUAUUUUACAUGCAACAUACGCCCGAGUUAAUAAGCAAUUCACAUUCGAGUUCAAUAGGAUUCCAUAAGAUAAAUUAGCAAAGUACAAUUUCGCUUGGCAACUUGUGACGCAGUGGACGCAACGCGUCGGCAACCACAUCACUAGUUGGCGGCGCUGCUCUUUUGUUCUCGCUUUUAAUUCUUCAAUGAACAUGGGUGGAUGGAGUCAUACAUUUAAGGCAUCCUUCCGUGUCAAAUUUUCACUGCUUGAUCCAUUUCUAACAUUAUUAUUAUUGCCGAAUUGUAAAGCAAAUACGUGUCUGAUUUUUUUUAUGCUAUUACAUUAUCAUCUCGAUUUAAUUAGUCGAUUAUGGAGGUACAUGUCGGUGGCUUAAUCUUUUGUCUAAAGAUACAUCUUAAUUUGUUCACUAAAUAGCAUUGACCGCCGCCAAUGCUGUUCAUGUCUUAAGGUUGGGCUAACAAAGUUGCCCUCAGUUCUCUACAUGUUGAUCUGUUCGCUGCAGUUACUCGCGCUUCUAACAACGUGCUCAGUUCAGAGUCUUCGAGUCUCUUCGAUAUUGACAUCAAUUGCAUAGAAAUCAAUACGAGUUCUUGGUUACCGCCAUAUUUGUCGGUCUUGACUACCAUGAAAUUGUCUUAAUUCUUUGUUGUGAUCCACUAAAAUCCUGAAUUAAUCCUUGAACCGCUCAUAACUAGUCGAGUGUGGAGUGUGAUAGCCAGGCAGUGUGUCCAUUUCGCUACCUUUAUUGUCGAGGCUCGGCCAAAUGAUUGGUCGGUGCUAUCAUAUUUUAAUAAUUUACUUCAAGCAGAAUUUUGUUUGUUUUAGGCUCAACUCGAAUGCAUGCGUACAUGAAUAAACUCUUUGACUGGGA